AAAUUCAUUCAUACCAUUACAAAGUUGUGACUGACAUCGAGCUACUACAAUCCUCGUUCCAAUAUUUUUCUAGUUUUUGGUUACUGCAAGUUCCAGCUACGAGACCUGACAAUUUUCUUCAGUUUACUCUGCAAACUUAAUAUCUCAUUACUCUCCUCCAGCUUUUUCACAUGGUUUGUUUCCUCAGAAUACUACGUUUCUGCAUUCAUAUCCAUUAGAUAUGCUUAGUUUCGUUUCUCAGGUUAAUAGAUGUAUCGUCUGAUCAUAUUUCUUAUUUAUGAUUUAGGGUGCAGAAACUAUUGAAGGUUGUGCUAUAAUGGAGAAGUCCAAUGGCAAAGUGUCCCUGCUUAGUGUGAAGCAAGGAGAGCCGACCCUGGUUUGUCCCGCUGAAGACACGGAAAAGGGUCUUUACUUUCUCUCCAACCUUGACCAAAACAUUGCAGUGAUUGUUCGCACCAUAUAUUGCUUUAAGUCAGACGAGAAAGGGAAUGGAAAUGCUGCUCAAGUGAUCAAGGAUGCUUUAAGGAAGGUUCUUUCCCAUUACUAUCCCCUUGCUGGGCGGCUAACAAUCAGCUCGGAAGGGAAACUGAUUGUUGACUGCACCGGCGAAGGGGCUGUCUUUGUUGAAGCCGAAGCUAACUGUAAGAUGGAGGAGAUUGGUGACAUAACAAAGCCUGAUCCUGAGAGUCUUGGGAAGUUGGUUUAUGACAUUCCCGGUGCAAAAAGUAUACUAGAGAUGCCACUUCUAGUGGCUCAGGUGACCAAGUUCCAAUGCGGGGGAUUUGUGCUUGGACUGUGCAUGAACCAUUGCAUGUUUGAUGGCAUUGGUGCUAUGGAGUUUGUCAAUUCAUGGGGUGAAACCGCACGAGGUUUGCCGCUAAGUAUCCCUCCAUUCUCCGACAGAGCCAUUCUGAAAGCUAGAAGCCAACCUAAGAUAGAGCACCUGCAUCAGGAAUUUGCUGAAAUAGAGGACAAGUCCAACACUAAUGAGCUUUACAAAGAUGAAAUGCUUUAUAGAUCUUUCUGUUUCGAGCCUGAGAAGCUCGAGAAACUAAAGAAAGACGCUAUGGGAAACGGGGAUCUUGAAAAAUGCACGACUUUCGAAGCUCUUUCGGCAUUCGUGUGGAGGGCUCGCACCAAGGCACUUAACAUGCUGCCUGACCAACAAACCAAGCUUCUCUUUGCCGUUGAUGGCAGGCCUAAGUUCAAUCCACCUCUACCAAAAGGCUACUUCGGCAAUGGCAUAGUAUUGACAAAUUCCAUAAGCCAAGCAGGCGAGUUAUUAGAGAAACCACUCUCACAUGCUGUGGGGCUGAUUCAGGACGCAAUUAAGAUGGUUACAGAUGAUUAUAUGAGGUCGGCCAUAGAUUACUUCGAGGUGACAAGAGCUAGACCAUCUUUGUCAUCAACCCUCCUCAUCACCACAUGGUCUAGGCUAUCUUUCCACACAACAGAUUUCGGAUGGGGAGAGCCUGUUCUAUCCGGACCAGUUGCACUGCCGGAGAAGGAAGUAAUCUUGUUCUUAUCUCACGGUAAAGAGAGGAAAAGCAUAAAUGUUCUUUUAGGAUUGCCAGCUUCUGCUAUGAAGGUCUUCCAAGAACAGAUGAAGAUUUAGAUGACAAGAAUAUUAAAUUAAUGUCGUUAUACCCUCUCUUCUAUUUCAUUACUUUUUUCUGGUACUCAAAUGUCUUUGUGGUAUAUUACUAUAUAUGUUCGUCCUUGGACAUGCAGCUGAUGAGCAAAUGAGGCCUGAUCAAAUACCAAGUAAAGCUGGUAUGGGGUCAAUGGGACAUCAAAGCUGAAAAUCCAUGGCUAAAUUUAGGGUGGUUUUAGAGGAGGCACAUGAUCAAUUUGAAUUUGUCUUCCACACAAGUUAUGUAUCUUUGUUUUUUUUUUUUAAUUAAAAUCUUAUGCCAUAUGUUGUAUUUAA